AUGGAAGUGGUGGUGCAGGAUAUGUGGCGUCAAGGUGAAGUCCCGCAAGAUUUCAAGGACGCAACUAUCGUGCACCUAUACAAGCGAAAAGGGAAUCGCCAAGUCUGCGACAACCACCGCGGCAUCUCCCUACUGAACAUCGCCGGGAAGAUCUUCGAUCGCAUCCUGCUCAACCGCCUCAAUAACCAUCUGGAACAAGGCCUUCUGCCGGAAAGCCAAUGCGGCUUCCGUCGUCAUCGUGGGACAACGGAUAUGAUCUUCGCCGCCCGCCAACUUCAGGAGAAGUGCCAGGAGAUGCGGACCCACCUGUACUCUACCUUCGUGGACCUGACGAAAGCCUUCGACACGGUGAAUAGUGAAGGAUUGUGGAAGAUCAUGAAGAAAUUCGGCUGUCCGGAACGAUUCACUCAGAUGGUGCGUCAGCUGCACGACGGUAUGAUGGCGCGAGUCACGGACAACGGAGCUGUCUCAGAGGCAUUCGAAGUGACCACCGGAGUGAAGCAGGGCUGUGUGCUGGCGCCUACCCUCUUCAGUCUUAUGUUCUCUGCCAUGCUGAUGGACGCCUACCGCGACGAACGCCCCGGAAUCCGCAUCGCCUAA